AUGGCUGCAACGUGCUUUCUUUGGAAAGAGGGCGUGGCUGCGGGGCAGCUGCGGGUGGCCGUGGAGGAGUGCCUGGGGCAGCUGGCUAUGAGCGGCUGCCGCUUUGACGUCCGCACAUCCUGGGAGCCCGCCCACCCGGCUGCGGGUCUUCAUGGGGACGCGUCGAAGAUGCACACCAGCACCCGCGCGGCCAAGGACAGCCAUGCGGGCGUGGCCCCCUCCAAGUGCCUGCACAUUGGCGAGGAACAGGCGCACGCCGUGGGCCAGGCCAGGGGCGGCGCUUACCGCUUGAGGCCGCAGGGGCUGGACACGGUUGAAUUCCUGCUCGCCGCCGGCCCGUCUGAGCCCCUCCGCCCCCUCGCCGCCGUCGCCUCCGGCGGCGAGAGCGCCCGCGUGAUGCUCGCCCUCAAGGCCGCGCCCGCCGCCGCUGCCGCCGCGGCCAGCGCCGCUGCGGCCGCGCGCUCGCUGCCUGCGGCCGCGGGCGGCGCCGCUGACUCAGCAAAGGCAGAGGCUUCCGCAGAUGUCCAGGUCAGCGAUGAGGAGGAGGGCGCACCGGCAGAGGAAGGGUCAUUCAGCGCAGAAGGCUCCACGCCUGUCCUCGUGUUGGACGAGCUCGACAGCGGCGUGGGCAGCCGCCUGGGGGCGAACGUCGGCCGCCUGCUGCGGCGGAUGUGCGCGCCCGGCGGCGGCGCGGUCGGCGGCGGCGGCGGGCACGCGGCGGCGGCGGCGGCGAGCCAGGUGCUGUGCGUCACGCACCUGCCCCAGGUUGCGGCUCACGCGGCGCACCACGUCGUCGUAGCCAAAUCCGGCGGCAUCCGGACAGAGACUGUGUUUGAGGAGCUCGCCUCGCCCGACCAGCGGGCCGCCGAAAUCGCAGCCAUGAUGGGGUCGGGGGGGCAGGAAGCCGCCCGGCAGCUGCUCGCUGAGGCCGCCGCGGCGUGA